AUGGCUCGUCGCCCUAGACUUGCAGCACAGGCUGCUAGGGCAUCUCUCCAAACACCUGUCCCUAGACUAUCCGACAACGAAGAUGAAGACAUGGCAGACGCUCCACCAACAGACGUGCCAACCCCACAAGACGAGGACGAGGAAGGGAACGAAGAAGAAGUUGACGACGAAGAAGAGCAAAACGAAAAUGAAGAACUACCGACUCCUUCACGAGCAUUGCGACAAUCUGAAUCAGCAACACCUAGACGACGAGGCCGUGGUCGAGGAAGAGCAAGAGGCAGACCAUCCGCUAGAAUUCAGAGUCUUCGAAACCAAGGCUCUGAUGACGGUAACGACGCGUCAGAUACCCCAGCACCACGACGUAGAGGAGGCUUCCGUGGUCAUCGUGGUGGAAGAUGGGCGAAUAAAAGAAGUGGAGCCCAACGUGCUGUGGCAGCCCCUGUUGACGAUGAGGGAAACGUGAUGACUAUUCUCAAUGAUGAGGUCGAAUUGCCCGAAGACGCUGAAGGAGAAACAAAGAUCAACAAGGACGGCGAGCUGCAAGAUGGCAGAGAGUAUCGUGUGCGCACCUUCACCUUGCUAGGACGAGGCAACAGAUUGUACAUGCUGUCCACAGAGCCAGCACGCUGUAUUGGCUUUCGAGACUCUUACCUCUUCUUCCAGAAACACAAGCAUCUUUACAAAAUCAUCAUCGACGACGAAGAGAAGAAGGAUCUGAUUGAAAGGGAGCUUAUACCGCACUCUUACAAAGGGCGAUCAAUAGGAGUGGUCACUGCUCGAUCUGUCUUCCGCGAAUUCGGCGCGAAAAUAGUCAUUGGAGGGAAAAAGGUCACGGACGAUUAUGAUGUGGCUGGUGCUCGAGAGCGAGGAGAUGUUGAAGGUGAACUGGCCGUACCAGAGGACAGAAUCCCACAAGCAGGAGAAGGCUACAAUCGAAAUCAGUACGUUGCAUGGCAUGGCGCAAGCGCUGUCUAUCAUAUGAACCUACCGAGUGUCCCUAUGCAAAAUGGUAAACCUGAGCAGGGGAAGCGCAGAAAGAUUGCAGUGACGAGCGACAACUGGAUGCUUGAACAUGCGCGAGAAGCUGCGAGGUUCAACUCCAUGCUCAGACUGGUCAGAGAUGAUAUGAUGAACGGUGUUUACGACAUACAUACCAAUACCAUGCAAUAUCCUCGAAACACUCAGCCGACACACGCAAGAUGGGAAGAGGUGGACGACAAGGAACAUGCAGGUGAAGACGAGGUUGAGAAUCUCAACGCGAGGUUCUCCAAACUCGAACCAGUAUACUCUCGCAACUAUCGCAUUCACGAUCUCUGUCUGGAGAGCGCGCCUGAAUCAAACAUGCCCGAGCCUGGCCUAGGCUUUAGCAAUCCAGGUUUGGCUGGUAUCUCGUCGGAUAUCCUAGACGAAUUACCUGUUGAAUGCCGUGCUGCAUUUUCUGAAGCUGCAGAGAAAGAGCUGAGUUGGCGAGCGAAAUGGCUGAAUGAAUCUAUAGAUGGACAUCGCUCAAUACCUCUGACGAGUCUAGAAUGGUAUCCAAAGUGA